AUGCGACACAAAGUCCAAGGCCCUCUCAGUGAUUGGGCAUGGUGCGGGUUGAGAAGGCUGAGCGAUGGUCAAGGUGAGGCGUCGCAGAAACGGCUAGGGGCCCUGCUGAGGAAGGCUGCCGAAUGCGGCAAGUGUCGCUGUAUGGGGCAACAAGCUGUCAACGCUCUGCCGGCUCCCACGUUUGAGAGGCCGCGGGGCAGGUUUCAGGCCCCGGCGACUCUCAGACACCAGAUCGCCCGGCAACAAACAAAGCCGCACACAGGGCCAAGGUCUGGAUGGCGGCAGCAGUGUGAUGGCUGUGAUGGCUGUGAUGGCCGUGCAGCUGCUGCCAAGGAGCCGCUCGGUUGGGGUCGCGCCAGAGCGUCCCCUGUUUGGAAGUUUUCUCGGGACGUUUCUCACCACCAGGUUGAGAAAUCCUUGCAGAAACAUAAACGACGCACCCCCGCCUUACUUACAGGCUUAUUGCUAAGGUUUUCAAGCGAUAAUUCUGGUAUUGGUGUGACCAGCUAUCUCUUGAGGUUUCGGCUGUUUGCGGAGGCGCCCGGAGGACGGAACCUAUAA